AUGUCUUCUACUUCAGAGUUGGACCUGACUGUUGGAGGUACUGAUGAGACUCAGGAGCAUACCGAAGUACAAGAACUAGUAGAAACUAUAUCAGCUUCAACUCAUAGUACUGAAGAUCAAACUACAAACAACAAUCAUAUACCAGACAGUGAAACUGGUUCUCUACCGAAUACUGAAGAGUCAAGUACAUUGAAUCAAGAAAUACCGAAUGAACCAGUAACUGAAGAUCAACCAGAAGAAGGAGAAGAAGAAGAAGAAGAAAACGAAGAAGAAGAAAAUGAAGUAUCGGAUGUUAACAAACAAUCAACUGAUAAAGAGACAGUACAGGAAGAUUCUAAUGAUCAACCACAAUCAACAGAAAUAAUACCACCACCUAGUAUACGACCUCAUAAGAGAAAGCUAAAUCAAUUAGAUGAGUUUAAAAUCAUUGAUCCAAAUACUGCCUUCACCAUUGAUACCAAUAAAAAGAAAAUCCCAGCUCGAAUUAUAGAUGAAUUCUGGGAACCAUUAAAUAAAUCAUCAUUAUCAUCAUUUGAAAGUAUUCUAAACAUUGCUUUGACUCGAACUUUAGAAAGGUAUGGUGAUAACCUUGUUAAUCGAAAGAAUGGUAAAUUAACUAAAAAGACAGUGGAGGCUCAACGAAUCAUCACCAAAACAUGGAUCAAUUCUCAAGAUUCAAAAUCAUUAUUGAGUAGAUUGAGUGUAACUAAAGUCCCUACUAAUGAUAGUGUAUCAAAGGAAUUCAAAUCAAAUCAGGAUGAUAAUAAUAUAUUAAGUUUUGAUCAGUUAUUAAGAAGAAAGAAGUUUUUAGAGACUUAUUUAGGAGCAGAAUUGAAACAAUUACAACAAUUGGAGAAGACAUAUAAUGAAUUAAAUAUCAAUUAUCAAUUGGAUUCAAAAUAUUUACAAGAUUUUAAAAAGACAACUUUAUUAAAUAUAAAUAAUAUGCAACGAGAAUUGAAUGAUAAAAGACGAGGAAAUAAUAUACCCUUAGCAGAUGAGAUUGAAACCGAUGUGAAUGCAAUUAAUGAUCUUAACUUACAGAAAGAAACUUCUUCAUCAGGGAAAAACCAUUUCAAUCCCAAUACAGAUGAAGAUACCAAGGAAUUAUUAACUACUUUGAAUAAACAUUUAACUAAUAUGACAACCAAUACUAAAGGAUUGAAAACGUUAAAUGAGAAAUUAGAAACCUUAUAUAAUAUAUUAGAUAUGUUAUAG